AUGUCCUCCACCAUAGUGCUCAUCACAGGCGCCAAUCGAGGCAUCGGUCUUGGCCUUACCGAGCGCUUUCUGGCAAAGCCCUCGCACACUGUCAUCGCCGCAGUGCGCAACCCGGAGCACGCGACCGCGCAUGCGCUCCAAAACCUGCCCAAGGGUUCCGACAGCCAGCUCAUUGUCGUAAAGCUCGACGCAAGCAUCGAGCAGGACGCGCAUGAUGCCGUCGCCGAGCUGCAGCAGAAGCACCAAAUCCAUCACCUCGACAUUGUGAUUGCGAACGCCGGCAUCAGCUACAUCUUGCCCACUGUCGCAGAAGUCAAGAUUGCGGACAUCAGGGCGCACAUGGAACCCAACGUCUAUGGCGUGAUAGCGCUAUACCAGGCGACGCGCCAACUCCUGAAGAAGUCGACGCGCGAGCCGAUCUUCCUGCCUAUGGGCUCGUCGGCGGGGUUGUUGGU